AAACCACGUCCGGCCCCCGUUGCCGCCCGCCGAUUCCAUCCCCUCCUUCUCCGGCGCCGGUCCCGCCUGCUGCCGCGCCGUGCAUAUAAAUUCACGGCCUCCGCCUUCCUCUUCUUGCAUUGCAACCCAUCCGGCCAUCUCUGAACACGUACUCCAGUCUGCUUUCUGUUCCUAACGAGUAGUAUCUUGUUCUUCAAUUCACGAACAAAAGUGAUCAGCAUGUCGACGGUGAGCCGCGCGUCCCUGGACCAGAAGCUUGCCCUCGCCAAGCGCUGCUCCCGAGAGGCGACCCUCGCAGGAGCCAAGGCAGCAGCUGUAGCAACCGUCGCCUCCGCGAUUCCCACUCUGGCGAGCGUGAGGAUGCUGCCAUGGGCGAAGGCCAACAUCAACCCCACCGGCCAGGCACUCAUCAUCUCCACAGUUGCCGGGAUGGCCUACUUCAUCGCGGCGGACAAGAAGAUCCUUUCGCUGGCGAGGCAGCACUCGUUCGAGAACGCACCAGAGCGCCUCAAGAACACCUCCUUCCAGGCCACCGGCCGUCCCCACCCGGCCUUCUUCAGGCCUUAAACCUCCAAAUUAUGCAAAUUAAUACUCUGUUAUGAUGUGCGCUGCUACAUCUGUACUUCCAUCUAUAUAUAUAUAUAGUAGCGUACUAGAGUCUACGUAUAUGUUAGUCGUCGCAAUAUAAGCAGGCCCCUGACUGCAUUGCAGACCAGCAAGUAGUAGCUGCGAGCUUAUUAGCGUAGCUUAUGCACAGUGCCGUAAUCUCUGCUGCUUUGAACAUGCGUUCAUGCUGUGUACGACUAUAUAUAUCGUCAGUGACAUGUAUCACAGUAAUGAAACACUUCUACACCCCUUCUUUCCA